AUGGCUGCCGCUUUACCUAAAGGUGACGAGGCCCGACGCCAAGGUGGUCUUGAGCGUCCUGUGGAUUAUGCAGAGCGGCUUCAGUCAAUUUUCUUUGUCGUCAGUUUCUCUUUGGCAUGCUUUUUCUUGGGAAAAGCAGCCGCAGCGUACUUCAAACUUCGAGGAGGUUUCGCUGCACCGCUUCAAGAUACUUGA